CGCCUUGUGCCCUUAUUUCCUGCUUGACCUGCUUUGUCUUGUGAAUACGAAAAUUCACAAUAAUUACCGUUGUUUUUCUGCAAAACCUACCUUCUGUGAUCGCUCAUUGAGAAUGUCCUCAGUGGACAGAUCGCGCAGGAUGAUGGAUGGUGUGUGGGAUUGGGAUGGUGAUGGUGUGGAAGAGGAGGACGUGUUUGAUGAUGGUGCUGCUCGCGAGCAGGCUGCGGCAGCGCUGCUGAUGCUUCUGCAGAAUGACGCCGCCGAGCGCACAGUGUCGCCCCUUGAAACUGCGAGCGCGGAGUGCAACGAAGCUUUGCGGACUGGAAGCGAUUUCAUCAACAAGGAAUACUUUGGCGGGCCUCUUCGCGUGACCUCUCUCCUUGAAGACGGCGGCGGCAACGACGACAACGACGACGACGACGACGACGACGACGAUGAUGAUGAUGAUGAUGAUGAUGAUGGUGGUAGUGAUGGUGGUAGUGAUGGUGGUGGUGGUGGCGAGGGGGACGACUGGACUCAGAACACACCGCUCUCCCCAGCAUUGUCACGGCUGUGCGAGGAAGAGGUGCCACCAACACCAGUUAAUGUCUCAUCGCCGAGUCAUCCACCAUCUUUGCCGGCCGCAUCGCAUACACCACACGCGGUGUCUACGGAGCCUCCUGCCUCCGGGGCUUCACAAUCACAACCACCAGCUCAGCCUCUGCCUGCGAGCCUGCUGCACCGGCGCGCUCCGGUGACAGUUGCUGAUGCUCCAGCCCUCCCAAUCCCUCUUCAAUUCCAGCCGCAUCUGGCACGACUGCUGAGCAGCCCACCAGCAAAGCGCCCUCGACAAUCACCCCAACAGCAACCGCAGCAACAGACCAGUGCAGCCCUGAUUGACGUUGCUGCCGACAAGCAACAUGAUUUCUCGACCGCUCUUCUGCCGCAAGUGGCUGAGGCCGUCGCAGCCCUGAUCCCCCAGCCACCAGCGACCGCUAUGAAGUCGCGGUCGAGGCCUUGUCCAAUGCGGGAGUGCAAGUGCGCUGCUGGCCGAGCCGGCAAGUGCUGGAAGUCGUUUGGCGCUGGCACGCUCGAGAGCCUCCGGUCCCAAGUGUUCCAGCUUGGUCAACACGAACGCCGCCGAAUGGUGCAGGCCAUCAUCGCCACGGGCCUCAAGGUGCCGCCGUGGCAAGUUGGCAAUGGGCGGGAUGAUGCCACUUGCGAGGACGGGUGGCAAGAGCACGUGCCUGAUCGCAGCCGGCUCACCAUCGACUAUCGCGUUCUCGGGGUGCCGCUGUGCAAGGACGGCUUUCGGAAUGUGCUUGGGAUUGGGGGGCGCGUCAUCAAGGAGGCGACAUGUGACGUUAAGGAGGGUGUCAUGGUGCCACGGCCAUCGCUUCACGGGAAGCAUCUCAGAGGCGCUGGUGUUUUCACCGCCCAACGCGUUGUUAGUUUCAUCAAGUGGGUGGCCGCAAUACAUGGGCUGCCCAAUCCCGCGGGGCGCGGCGCCCAAGUGCUGCUGCCGAUCUCAAUGUCCAGGGCAAAGCUACACAAGCGCUAUCAGACUGCCACUGGUGAUGCGACGUCGCUGGCCACGUUCAAGCGCGUGUGGGCGAAACACCUCAAGCACAUCGGACACGCCAAGACCCGCACAGAUGUGUGUGACACGUGCUCGAAGCUUAAGAGCGGCGAGAUGUGGGAGUAUCUGAUUCACCACCUGAAGCUGGCCAAGGCUGAGCGCCAGUUUAUGAACGACUGGAUUGAGUUUGGUGGCAAGGCAGGGCACCACGUCAUCAGCUUCGGCAUGGCAGGCACUACUCGCCUCCCGCACAUCCUCGAUCCGACAAAGGCGUUGUACAAUGAAAGCGGCCUGAAAGUGGAGGCGUUCGGUGUGGCGGACUUGGCGCGACGCACACAGAUGAAUUAUGUGUGGCACGAACAAGACUCGCCGAAAGUCCGCGGCGCCAACUUCAUCGCAUCGCUCGUUUACCACCGCCUAGCAUCAAUUGGCAGGCGUGACUUCCUCUACGCCGUGGCCGACAACUGUGGCGCCCAAAACAAGAAUUGGACAUUCUUGUUCUUCUUCGCCGCCUAUGCACACGUGUUCAAGUGCUCCGUGUAUUACCACUUUCUGCUUCAAGGCCACACGGCGGGCCUGCACGACGCCUUCUUCGGCCUGAUCAAGCGAAAGCUCAAGACGGAAGAUGUCUUCACGCCCACACAGUUUAUGGACAUCAUUAAGCGCUCAUCUACAGCCAACAGCGUGACCAACGCGGGCUCCGUCCCUAUCCGCAACCACACCGCCCGCCUCGGGCUUCUGUUUCGCCAGCAGCAGCAGCUCAAGCCAACCAAGUACAAACAUUUCUUCUUUGACAAGGACAGGCUGGGCGUUGUUCGGUACCGCGCGUCGCCGUCCGACGACUGGUCGGAGGUGAACAUGCUUCGACCAGGUGUUGGGCCGCAGCAGUUCCAGGCUGGCAUUUUCACUGAGGCUGAGCUCGUUCCCACCAUCACUCUCUCUGCCAAGCGCCACGAGCAGCUGCAACACAUUAGAGACAACUUCUUUCAUGGCGUGGAGCAUCUCAAGGACGACUACUACCGGCAGAACCCCUGAUUGUGUGCGGCUCUGAGGCCUGCUGGUCUGUGUGUGUGUUGUGUUGAAAGUCGGGUGUGCUCAGCAAAAAAGUCACCAAUCAUGUCACACACAGCUAGCUGCCUUCCAUCCACGCUGCUUUCCCACCAUCACACACUUUCUCCCUGGCUUGCACAGCAUAUAUUCUUCUUGGUCAAUGGUAAUGUGUAAUAGACUUUGAUGCAUCGAUGCAAUCGUCACAACAGACAAGCUGAAC